AUGGGGCGCAGGCUUGGAAUUGGUGGGCUCGCGACCCUGAAGCAGGAGAGCAUCACCCCGAAGACCAAGCAGGACUACGUGCGGAGGUUGGUUCGAUUCGACGAUUUCUGCAAGACCCACGGGCUCGCGACGGCGACCGACGACAGCUCGGAGGAGGCGCUCGUCGAGUACAUGGACCUGCUGUUCUCGCGGGGGAAGCCGUCGAACCUGCUCUGGCCCUUGCUGCGUUCGGUUUCGGGCCCUGCUUGGUCCCCCUCGUCGCUGUGCGACCGCCGGGAUUCAAACCCACGUCCACAACAAACAUAA